CACAAUGCCAUGACGAUCACAAUUGCGGUAUAUCAAAACCGUUCUAUUGUCCCAUUAUCCUCUUGCCUAUUGCAAUACCGUGGGCGAUGUUCUGAGGAAACUUAGGAUUGAUUCUUAAUGUCAAAAUAGAUUAACUGUAUCAGAGUAACAAUCAUGGGUGAUUCAUAAGAUAAUUUCAAGCUAAUAUUACUAUAGAGUGAUAGUGAAUAGUCUUAUAGAUUUUUUUUCAUGGAUUAAAUGAGGAGUGACUAGCGGACCCUGAAAAGUAGUAAUAAAGUAGACAAUUGUUCUAAAUAGUUGGAUGUAUAUAGUAAAUAGCUAUAAAAGAAAGAAAUACUCAUAAAGUACUAGUGACAAUGGCUUUGAGAAGAAUAGAGCUGCAACUAUUGGCCAGUAUGGUUAUAAUUCCUGGCAUUCACCAGCUUAGAAGGAGAAGGAGAUGGAACGAUCGCUCCACGACGGCGGAGGCCACUUUCAACUGGAAACCUGUUAACCUACUUGAGCCAGUCUUUGAGCUACUUCUCGAGGAGACUCAUUGCGUCCGUUCCAACGUUGCAGGUGCAUUCGUGCAUGUGCGAGGAUACAGCUAAAAGAACACGGACGAUUUACCAUCGUGAAGACAAAAAAUCGACAUGCACCUGCAUCCGGAUUCCUGGGACGUGGUUAUAGCGAAAUAAAAAAUGAGGGGAUGGUUCGAUGCUUUUCGCAAUGAUGGCGGUCCGACCUUGUACAGCUACAGCAACAGAACACCAGUUACUGGGGAUGUGCAGCUUAUCACGAUAUUCGUGAUAUUCUGCACAAUAUAUACAGCCUUUAUAAUAAUAUUCCCAGGGAUACGCAAGCAGAAAUUAACGACGUUCUUGACUGUUACACUUAGUAUGUUCGUGGGUACGACGAUUCAAGUUGCUCAAUAUGGCUCGACAUGGCAUACGGCCUCCACAACAGUCGUAAGUUCCUACAGUGCCUUUUCUAAGCAACGAAUGACGGCCGAAAUUGGCGGAUUUAUCGGUCUGAUGCACAUCAAUAUCACCUAUAGAGUAUUGCCAGGAUACGACGAGUUGAACGAUGUUGAAUUCAACGAGAGAUUCUGGUGGAGAAGUCCUAACGAGAUGUCGACUUCCUUCAAGGAAGCAUUGUAUCGCGGAGCACCUUUUCCAAUACUUUCCGUGGCGGAGUACUUCAGCCUUCAUCAGGAAGGAUUCUCUUGGGGUAGCAAAUAUCGCGAAGCUGGUUAUUACGCUUCUAUAAUGCUUUGGACCUCUCUGGCUUCUUGGUUCAUGAUGAAUCUUCUGCUUAUGGUUGUACCUAGAUAUGGAGCAUAUAGUAUGGUUUUUACUGGACUUUGUAUGCUCCUUACUGAUCUUACGUACUGGUCACUUCUACCAUGCGAUCCACUAGUUGCCCAUGUCGAUGGUUCCAUUCUUAUAUUUAAUUUUGGAUGGAAUUAUUGGCUGGUGCUUGCUGCUGGCAUCGGCUGCUUAUUCACUGGAAUGAUCAUCACGGCCAUAGACCUAAUCUUCCCACAUCAGUUCUCAACCAUCCUGGAGGUCGAUUACGACACACCAUAUGAUAGACACGUCAUCAUCGAGGAAAGUUUUGAUACGAGAAAUACAAGGCGCAGGUUACCUAAGAUCGAGGAUGCUUUUGGUGACCGGAUUAUAAGGCAAUUGUCGUCGAAAUUGGUUGCUGAGAAGGAGGAUCGUCAAGGCGUCAUCAAUCAAGGAUACGUCUCGCAGGAACCUUCAGAAUUUCAACACGAGAUUACCAAUGAGUCAAACAAGAGUAAUUGGUCUUAUCCUUUCCCACCAACUCCACGAAGAACUAUUAAUUGAAAUUAUGAUAGUCUCCAUUAUUGAUUUAAGGUCGUAUUGAACACUUAAUGUCGUACGUAGAGUUGAAAUACUUUGACUACUCGUAAUUAAAUGUAAAGUUCAUGUAUUUAAUGCAUUCCAUCGAUAUCAUGUGCAUUGCACUUUGGCAAUACAUUCCUAAUUAUUCGGCACGAUUUAUUUUGACGAAUUUAAUAUUAAUA